UGCCGCAGUCAAUGGGGCGGCAGCGGCCGCGGCGGAGCGCAGCGCGGGCCGGGGCCGGGGCCGCGGGCCGGGGGCCGGCAUGGCGGGGCGCUGAGGCGGCGCGGCAGCGAGGGGCGGCGGCGCGCCCCGGCAUGGGCAGCCGCGGGGCCCGGCGAUGAGCGCUCCCCCGGCCGCGACCCCCCGCGCGAAUAUGGGCACAGCCGUGUCCAAAAGGAAGACGCUCAGGAACGAGGCCAUGUCGUCCGUGGCGGCCAAAGUGAGAGCGGCGAGGGCUUUUGGAGAAUACCUUUCACAAAACCAUCCUGAAGGCAGAAAUGGCUCAGAUCACCUGCUAGCAGACUCCUACAUCGGGCAGGAGGACUCCCCUGAGAUGCAGCAGGUGGCCCAGAACAAGCGCAGGCUCUCGGUCAUCUCGGACGGCAAAUUUGAGAGGAGCUUCACCGAGGAGCAGGCGGAGAAGAUGCCGAGCGAGGGCCCCAAGCCACGAGUCUACACCAUCUCUGGAGAGAGGCCGAUGCUGUCGGAACACGAGAAUGACAGCAUGGAACUGGUGGUGAUGAAGGGGGCUGCCCACGAGGAGUGUCACCACGGCCACCACGCGCACGGCGCCGGCGGCUCGCACGGCGUCCGGCACUGCAAGGCAUGGCCGGGCGGCCGCCAGGGCUCCAAGGAGUGCCCCAACUGCUCCAGGCUGGCUGCCCCUUCCCAGCAGUCCAUUGAGCUGGAGCAGCACCCACCUGGCGAGGCUGGGUGGCACAGGAAAAGGCUGGAGAGGAUGUACAGUGUCGAUCGAGUGUCUGAUGAUGUUCCCAUACGAACCUGGUUCCCAAAGGAGAACCUCUUCAGUUUUCACACUGCUACUACAACUAUGCAAGCGGCGUUCAGGGGCUACGCAGAGAGGAAGAGACGGAAACGAGAGAAUGAUUCUGCAGCUCUUAUCCAGAGGAAUUUUCGGAAGCACCUCCGCAUGGUGGGGAGCCGAAGGGUUAAAGCACAAACAUUUGCCGAACGGCGUGAGAGGAGCUUCAGCAGGUCCUGGAGUGACCCGACUCCCAUCAAAGCUGAUUCCUUCCAUGACUCUCGAGAAAGCCAUGACCUUCAGGAUUCCUGCGGGACUCUGGAUGGUGACUUUGACUUGAACUGGGAAGCAGAAAAGGAACUUGAAGCCAUGGCAUGUGACGGAGAAGACUUUAUUCCACCAAAAAUAAUGCUCAUCUCUUCCAAGGUGCCCAAAGCAGAGUAUGUCCCAACAAUUAUCCGCAGGGACGACCCCUCCAUCAUCCCCAUCCUCUAUGACCAUGAACACGCCACCUUUGAUGACAUCCUGGAGGAAAUAGAGAAGAAGCUGAACAUUUAUCGGAAAGGCUGCAAAAUCUGGAAGAUGCUGAUAUUUUGCCAGGGAGGCCCCGGGCACUUAUACUUGUUAAAGAACAAAGUCGCCACUUUCGCCAAAGUGGAGAAGGAGGAAGAUCUGAUCCUCUUCUGGAAGAGGUUGAGCAGGCUGAUGAGUAAAAUCAAUCCUGAACCAAAUAUCAUCCACAUCAUGGGCUGCUAUGUUCUUGGAAACCCCAAUGGGGAGAAGCUAUUUCAGAAUCUGAAAAACUUAAUGAAUCCUUAUAGGGUUGCCUUUGAGUCUCCACUUGAACUAUCAGCUCAAGGUAAGCAAAUGAUUGAGACUUACUUUGACUUCCGCCUUUACCGCCUCUGGAAGACCCGCCAGCACUCCAAACUGUUGGAUUACGAUGACAUUUUAUGAGCUGGAGAAGACUUUGCAAGAGGAAGCUCAUCACCAGUGUCCAAGAAGUCAUGCUUUAUUGCAGAGAGACUUUUUUAUUGGCACAGGGAGCCCUUCACAGCCCUACGGGAGGCAGCAGUGCUAAAGGGAGGGAAGGAGGAGCCCUCGGAAGUGUCGGCAGGAAAAGUCUCCUGGGCCAAGAGAGACUGCAGGGAAGGGGGUGACAGUGACACCUCGCUGGCCUCAGUCCGAGCCGUGGGGCCUCAGGAGGAGCUGUGCGAAACGAGGACAGGAUGGAGUUCCUGGCAGAACUGAGCUGUUUUGGGUCAGAAUGGGCCAGAUUUGAUUCCAGGUCCUUUUAAAGACUUUUGAAGCUCAGGUUUUCUUACAAAAAAAACCACAAACCCAGUUAACCCGUGCACUACAGUGAAGAAGUCACCAGAGCACAGAGGGAGCAGGGGGUUGUCCUGGUGGGACUUUCUGUGCUGGGAGUCCUGGAGAGCAAGGACUGCUACACCUACUCCUGCAAGCUUAGAGCAAGAUGAUCCCGUUUCCAUGUGAAUAUAUACUGGGAUAUAGAAUUGAAAUCUUCUUUUUUGUUUGUUUGUUUUGUUUAAUAGAAAAUAAGUGCAAUUUUUAUAGCGAGGGAGGGGGUAAAAUCCCUCCUGAUAUUUAAUUAGUUAAAAAUAACACACCAUAACCAAUAGAUGAGGUAUUUUUGGUCUGCCUGAAAAUAUAUUCAGAAUGGUAAUAUAUCUUCUGUAGACAUAUUUAAUCACCAGCAAACAUGGUUUUAACAUAAGUUAGCAGACCCUGCAUGUCUGCUGCAUUGGUUUGGUUCCUUUCAGAGUAGCUGUGCUGCACUACCUGUACGUGCUCUCACGAAUGUGUAGUUCUCCUCCAGUUAGCCACAACUUCAUUCUUUCUAUUUUGCUGCUUGCAAAACUAUGGAACUUUAGUUUUGCUGAAAUACUUAGGUUAGAAACACGGGACCUGGCUGGGAAGCCUCCGUCAGGCUCGCUUUGGUAUAAAAAUGAAUUAGAAAUUAAUAGCCAUGGUAAUUAAUUGUUCAUGCCGGUGUUUUGCUGUGUGUUGGGAGAGAAGCUCUCUUCCUGUGUGGAGACCCCUCUGAGGGGGCUGAGCACUGAGGCAUUCAGCAGAAAUGCUUCUGGAGGGACACAGCACGGGCUUGAGCAUGAGUUUGACUCUUUGUUCACUUGAUUGCCAGUUGUUUGUGCAUAACCCACCCCUUUUCCCUGACCUGUUUCUUGGUCUGAGCUGCUCAGCUCCUUCCUGUGGAGGACAGAGAAAACCCUGAGCUCUGUCAGAGCAGCCUGAGAGCCCAGGUCUAUAUUUUAUAUUUGGUGGUACCUUUUGGAAUCUAUUUAUUUUUGUUUGGUUGGGUUAGGGGGUGCUUUUUUGGUUUUGGGAAUGGGGCUUUUUUCACAUUCUGCUGUCCUUUCAGAGGACAAAUAGUACUUAGAGUCUAUGUAGGUCACUGGCAAUUCUGAGAGGUGACACAAGUUAAUUCUUUUACAAGCAAAGGAAGUAACAGGGAAGGAUUACCUUAUUUUCCUGAUUUCCUGGUAUCUCAAAUUUGUUGAUUGUGAAGUGAAGGAAAAUACAUGUACAAAUCUUCUUUUAACUACUUACAAAGAGAACUUGGUGUUCUGAUCUGUAGAGUCCUCCUUCCCCUGUGCCAUACCUGUGGUUGUGAUUUUGGGGAGUAGGCCCCUGGCUAGAACUGCUGAACCCUUUACAUUUAGAGCAGUUUUAUAGCAAAACUUUUGAAGAAAUAAUGUACAUACAGUAAGGAGAGGAAUGGGUGGAGAGAGGUAGUUUGAAGUCACUGGAAGUCACACAGACAGGUGUGGGCUGUUGCCUCCCCUAGGUUGGGAGCUUUGGUAGCCACGUCUCAUCCCUGGACUCAGUCAGGUUUGCCAGACUUACAGUGAAGGGGAGGACAGGCACCAGUCUGUAGCUUUUGGAAGAAAAUGCCAGAUAUAAAAGAAAAAGAACCCCAAAUGUAUGCCAAUUACUGUUUAACUUUGGUGCUUUCACCAGCUCUGCGGUGAGAGGUGGGAGCCAGAGGUGCAGUGAAAGCACAAAGUCAUGUUCUGGAGAAGGAAAUGGUUGUGGGAGGAUUAAAAUGCUGACACAAAACUCUCUCCCUUUCUGACCCUUUCACCUCCUCACUGGAGACAGGCAAACUGUUCUUCCUUUCUCAAAUCCCAAUUCAGUGAACUUGGUAGCAUGAAUGUAGCAUUGUGCAACUGUUGAAAAUCUUAUUUAACCCCCAAAGGGCCCAUUUAUGUAUCCACUUGAGUGAUUUCUCUGUAGAAUUGUUGUAUAUCUUCACAGACCACUUGUAGUACUUGGGGUGCAAAGUAGAAGGUAGAUUGUACAGUAACUUCUGUGUUGGAAUUGACACUAUGGACUGUUCUCCUGGUGCAGUUUAUGGGAUAUGACAACUGAUGAAUGCAUUUCCCUCCAAAGAUCUAUAUUCCUCAUAGCUUGUGAUGUUUAUGACAUGAACAUAUUUUUUCCUUUGUAGCAUUCAUAUGCCUAAAGAGAUGAAAUUCUGUCAGCUGUGACUGGAAUGGAGUUGUGAUGUUUGAUGUCUGUGUGCAGCAGUGUCCUUGGAGUUAACCACUGGUGACAGAGGAAAACACUUUUAUUCCCCUUUUUCACUGGUGGAGUUUUUCAGGUGACUGCUGGGAAAGGAAGGGGUUAGCAGAGGCAAAUAAAAAAUUAUUUAAACUUUAGAGGUAAAAAUAGAGCCUGGAACUUCCUCAGUGAGGGAUGAGCCCAGCAUGGUCCCAGCCAGGACAGCUCCAAGGCCCCGUGUGUUCCUCACCCCCUGUGCUCCUGCAGCAUCCCCUGGAGGUUCUGAGGCUCCCCCAGCACCCUCUGGGCACACGGGACAAUCUGCCAUUCCACUCCUGCCUGUUCCUUCAGCUCUCAGCACCCUGCUCUCGGGGUGUGUCUGAAACCAGUUCUCUCCUGUGCCGCCGGCAGUUCCGUGUGCCAGGCUGGGUGAGGGGUGAGCAACGAGCAGCUCCAUCCCACUGCCCUGUCCCACCAGGGCACUGCUGCUCUCUGUGCUCUGGAGCUGCCUUCAGCAGGGGCAGGAGAGAGGGGACACCUGCUUCACUUGAAGAGAAGCAGAUUAAACCCAGAUGGCUGAGCUGGGUGCCAGCCCUGGCUGGGGUUUGUGCUGCCCUUGCUGGAGGCAGUGUUGGAUGUGACCCCCAGCCCUUGCCUGGGUAAAUGUGUUAUCACACCUGUUAAAUGUGAUAAAUGUGUUAUGGCCCGAGCUGGCAGUGUCACCUCCAGGAGAGGAGAGGGGCCAGGAAGGGCUCAGCUGUCCCAGCCCUGCUCCUCAGCCUGGCUCAGUGCUGGGAGUGCCCCGAGGAUGUUCUCUGGUGCCUGCAGGGAAUGUUCACUCAGCGGGAGAGGCCUGGGGGAUCAUAGGCUCUGUGCAUGUGGCACUUUCAGAGAGGCUUUUCUCUUUUCCUCUUGUGUGGCUGGGAAGGGAAG